GGUGCAGAGCCGCAGCUCCCGCACCGAGGCGGCGCCGGCCCAACCGAACCCGCGGGGUCUGGCGGUCGCCGAGGGUCCCGGGACGCAGCUUAUGGGCCCUCGGGCAUGGGAAGGGGCGUCCUCGUAGAAGACCGGAGCGGGUGGGCGGCCGAGGGCCCGCUCCACGCCGGCCGGCGGCGGCUCAGGGCUCCCCCACACCGGCCCCUCGGCCGGGGCAGGGACUCGCCAGGCGGUGCCAUCGGAGCCCCUCCCAGCAGGCAGCUCUGAGAGGCGCCCGGCAGCUCCCUGUUGGCUGCUGGUUCCGGGUCUGAGCAGGAAGGCCUGCAGGAUAUCUGGUGACCAAGAAGGAAGCCUGGGAGCCUCGAAGGCCUUCUGCUCAGUGAACAGAGCACAGCCCUGAGAGAGAGCAGGGGCUGCCAGAAGUCUCCAGGCGCCAUCUUCCUGAGGCUGAGGCACUGCAGUCCCCCGCACCUGAAGACAGUUCGUAUCAGAAGAUGGAUGAUUCAGAGACAGGUUUCAACCUGAAGGUCGUCCUGGUCAGUUUCAAGCAGUGUCUCAACGAGAAGGAAGAGGUCCUGUUGGACCACUACAUCACCAGCUGGAAGGGGCUGGUCAGGUUUCUGAGCAGCCUGGGCAGCAUCUUCUCCUUCAUCUCCAAGGACGUGGUCUCAAAGCUGCAGAUCAUGGAGCGUCUGAGGAGCGGCCCCCAGGGCGAGCACUACAGCAGCUUGCAGUCCAUGGUGGCCUACGAGGUGGGCCACCAGCUGGUGGACCUGGAGCACCGCUCCCACCACCCCAACUCAGGCUGCCGGACCGUGCUGCGCCUGCACCGCGCGCUGCACUGGCUGCAGCUGUUCCUGGAGGGCCUGCGCACCAGCCCCGAGGACGCGCGCACCUCCACGCUCUGCACCGACUCCUACAACGCCUCGCUGGCCGCCUACCACCCCUGGAUUGUGCGCCGGGCCGUCACCGUGGCCUUCUGCACCCUGCCCACACGCACGGUCUUCCUGGAGGCCAUGAACGUGGGGACCACUGAGCAGGCUGUGGAGAUGCUGGGGGAGGCCCUGCCCUGCAUCGAGCACGUCUACGGCGUCUCCCAGAAGCUCUAUGCUGAGCACUCCCUGCUGGACCUGCCCUAGCGGCUGGGGGCCCAGGCCGGGUGGGCGUCCCCUGCUGCAGAGCUGGGCAGGGCAGCCAGGGCCUGUUAGUCCCAUGACAGCGCCUUCUGGGUGCCUUGAAAACCGGAGAGCCACCGUUGCCCCUGCAAGCUGAGCAUGUGGGGAGUCCCAGGCUGUGGCCAGCCAGGAAGAGGCCCCUCGCCACAGCCUUGCUGAGACACAGGCAGUGGAGAAGGUGGCAGGAUCAGGGCAUGCAGAGCAUGACGGGGGGCCCCACCCGCCUGGUGUGGACUCUAGGAAGUGGGGUGAAGUUGCAGGUUCCUGGGGUGUGGUGGCUUCGUCCUCCCCGCCAGCCAGCAUGUGCCAAGCUCAGGCCUAGGACACAGUGCCUGUGCCCAGGUGGGUGGCUGUCCCCAGGGAGGGGGAGAAUCCUUGGGCAGGGUCUGGGCACUCGAGCUCUCCCUGCCCCUCGCUGCCUGGCUGGCCUCACACCGUGCUGGGCAGGCCAGGGACAGUGACAGUGGGAGCUGAAGCCCCGAACUGAGCUGCCCCCAAAAGGCCCAGGAAGGCCCACCCUGCCCUCAGGAUGUAGCCCUCAGGGCGGCUGCUCCCACGGACACAGGCUGCCCCCAGAGCCUGGGGGACGCUCUGUUCCUUCACCCCACCCCUCGCUGUCCUGUCCCCACCGUGCUCCAGAGACCCAGGGGGUUACGCACGAAAUAGGAGGGGCUGGACCUCGUUGCCUAGGUGACAGCUACCAGACCACCACAGUGCAGCAGAUGCACAGGCUUGUUGGGGGUACUUGGGUGUGUUUUCCAACAUGAAUAAAUUACACUUAUGGCA